AUGUCGUCAAAGCCUGUUAACCAGGACAGCUCAACAAUUGAUACUCCUAAUUUGUUAUCACUCUCCAACGAUAACGUGGAGCGGCAAUCCAAUCAUAGUGAACCAGAAACCCUGGAACCUAGUCAACAUCCUACAUUCGUCGAUGAUGAUGAAGACAACAAUCCAUUCUCACAUCAUAGUCAAGGCUUGGCAAGCUUAAUAUCUAGUAAAGCUUUCAAGGGGAAAUUGGGGACAAACAGUGAACAACAUCCUCCAACCCAAGCCAACGAAGAAGACGACGAUGAUGAUGAUGAUGACUUAUUAUUAUACAAUUCAGCACUGAACAAUGAAAAUACUCAUUCAAAUAGUAAUCAAAAAUCUAAUCCAGCUGGGGAGGUUUUCAAUGCUGUUAAUAUGAAUUUUGAGAGUCGAGUGACCAAGUUAUUAAAACCUGGUACAAAAAUCAAAAUUCAAAUCACCGAGGCUGGUAACUCGAAUGAAGGAAUGGCAAAUCUGCUGAAAAAAUACGUUGUUUACACUAUAAAAUUGGUUAAUUUGGAUAACUUGAAUGAUGAUAUAUUGACUCGAAGAAGAUAUAGUGAUUUUGAAAGUUUAAGAGAUGUAUUAACAAAAGUAUUCCCACUAAUAAUUAUUCCACCAAUUCCUCCCAAGAAUUAUUUCGACUUUUCAGUUUUGAAUGGAUUAGUUGGAAGUAAUAGUGAAGCAUCUUCAGCCUCAGUCGGUGCAACUCCAUCAUCAGCAUCGUCAAUAGGGACAAACUCCAAUAAUCGUCAAACAUACUCAUACAUCAAUUCAACUCAUUUGAACAAGAACAAAUUGAUUGAGCAUAGAAAGAGAUUGUUGACAAAUUUUUUGAACAAUUGUCUUGAAAUAAAGCAAAUCAGGAACAUGGAGUUUUUUGCAAAAUUUUUGGAUCCUAAUGCCAACUGGAGUGACGAAAUAAAACUCAUUCAGAGCCAAUUACCCAAGUCUAUAUAUUUGCUGAAUCCUGAAAAUGGGUUGAAAACAGACCCUAUAUAUAUCAAUUUACCCAAUCCUUCAAACAAAAAUACAAUAUCUUUCUUCAAAGAUAACAAAAAGAAAUUAACAAAGAAGACCAACAAGUUAUUAAACAACAAUGGCAAUAAUGGUAACAAACCGGAUAGUAGUAACUCCGAGAACCAAUAUAUUGCAAAUACAUCAGAAUUGGAUGAUAUAAACAAACGAAUUAUGGCCAAUUAUAUUGGAUUAUCAAAUGAUUAUACUAAAUUGGGAAGUACAUUCAAUUCGUUUUCAUUGAUCCUUUCUGAAACAACCACCUCUGAUACAAAAAAGAACAAUGAUAAUGAACUUAAUAUCAUAUUUGAUAAGAUUGGCCAGGUUUUUGAUCGUUCUUAUAUUACUAUUAAUUCGUUAAUUGGAGAAUUAGAAACAAAAUUCUCAGAACCACUAGGAGAAGUUGUACAAUAUACCAGUAUAUUGCAUUAUGUGGCUAAGUAUCAAGCAAAGAAAGUAAAACAAAAGACAAUGCUAGAUGAUGAAGUGAAUGAAAAGAAGAAAUCCUUGGAAGAGUUGCUAAAGAUUGAAGAAGAAUCUAGCCGAAUUGAGAAUGCUAUUCAUUCUCAAGGAAGACCUAAAAAUAGCAAAUACAGUUUACAGAACCAAGGACAGCAGCAGACAACAACAGCAACAACUUCUCAGAAUCCUCCUACUCCACAACCGCAACCGCAACCGCCAUCUUCUUCUUCUUCUUCAGUAUCGUCUUCGAAGUUCAAAUUCCCAAGUUUCAAGAAAAUAACACAAUAUGUAAGUGAAAUUAUUGAUCAAAACCCAGAGCAAACAAGAAAACAAAAGAUAAUACAUCUUCAAGCAAAAAUAAAAGUAUUAGAAAAAUGCCAAGGUAUAAUGUUGGCGGAUUUAUCAUUUAUUACGGAUGAAGUAAACAAGAAUAUACAGGCAUUCCAAACAAGACAAUUGAAAAUGAUCUAUGGUAUAUUAUUGCAAUACAAUAGGUUCUUGAUUGGUUGGGCUAAGAAAAAUAUAGACAUUUGGGAAGAAGUACGAGAAGAAAUUUUAAGAAUGUGA